UUUAUUACUAUCCAAACGUAAAACGUAAAAAUGGGGGGACAGGACGAGUGGGAAGGGGAGCAAGGGUUGGCAGACGAAGAUCUACGAGCAAUCGACGACGCAAUCGAAUCGGCUACCAAGAAACGACGCUCUGACGACUUUGUGGAAUCAUCAAAUCCCCAAAGAAGUAGAAGUCGGCGGUUGCCAAGAUCCAUAGUGGCUCUCCAACACCCAAAUCCAAAUCCUCUAUCUCGAUGUGAAAUGAGAUUGUCAGUGAUGAAGUUUGGGGGUCGCAUUCUGUACAGCAAGACAGCCAUUGAUGUAGAGCAAGCUGCAAACCACCUUCUUCACACCAUCGCUAACUCCAAGUCCAAGAAGACUCAAUUCGUUCUUGGAUUCGACAUUGAGUGGCGACCCAGUUUUACUAAAGGUGUUUCACCUGGGAAGGCUGCGGUUAUGCAGAUAUGUGGGGACACUAGUCAUUGCCAUGUAAUGCAUAUUUUUCAUUCUGGAAUUCCUAAAAGUUUGCAACUUCUUCUUGAGGACCCUACACUUUUGAAGGUUGGAGCUGGCAUUGCCAAUGAUGCUGUCAAGGUUUUUAAAGAUUAUAAUGUAUCCAUCAAAGCUGUGGAGGAUCUUUCUUAUCUUGCUAAACAAAAGCUUGGUGGAGGUCCCCACCAAUGGGGUCUUGGAUCCCUAACCAAGAAGCUUAUAUCAAAAGAGCUUCGUAAGCCCAAUAAAAUUAAGCUGGGAAACUGGGAGACUAAUUUUUUGUCAAAGGAGCAACUAGAUUAUGCAGCCACAGAUGCUUUUGCUUCUUGGUAUCUGUAUCAGGUAUUAGAAGGCCUCCCCAAUCUAGAAGUUGCUGCUUGCCAAGGAAGUGAAAAGUUGGAAGGUGUGACGUCAGAAUGACCUUUGCUGGUUAUAUCUGACUAAUAUUUUCUGUUCGGCUUAUAUGGACAGAAUGACAUUGUCAAAUUAGUCUGAUAGGCUUCACCACCAUCAUUGGCAGAGCAGUAGUAUUUGUUGCCUUAGAUGCUUCAAAUUAUUUAUUGGCUUAUGAGGCUUUGAGUUUAGAAGUAGGUAAAUAAAGACAUCAAUUAAGAAAGUAAUUUGUUGAGGAUCCAAAGCCGACUUUGGAUAUAGUAGAAUAGAAGAAAUGAAUACAUGUGGUUGACUCUCACUAAUUUGCUGAGGAUCCAUAGCUUAAUGUUGUUGUUGUUGUUGUAUAUGAGGCUUGGUUUCAUACUUUGAUGUUAUAUAGGAGAUUGCCAUCACUUCUGAUUCAAGUUUCACUUCCUUUGAAGUGACAAAAUUUUAUUUGAUUAAAAAUGAAUGGUAUGUUUUAAGUGCAUGAUCACUUACAUUGCAA